UCGAGAGCAGCAGAACGUCGCUGGCGCCUGGCGACGGCAGGCAGGCGAGGGGAGGCGCAGGCGACCGCUCGCUCUGGGGGCUUGCUGGGCGAGGCAGGCGGGGCCGCCACCCGGGGAGUGCGCGCGCGCGCGCGCGAGAGGGGUGUGCUCCAUGGCGGCGCGGGCGUGACGACGGCCGCGUGACGGCCGCGUGUGACGAGUGCGCGUGACGGGCGCGUGACGCGAGUGAGCUCAAAGGAUAUAACCGCGCCAUGGCGCCGCGAGACGCUGGACGAAGAGGCAGAGCGACGGUGGCGGGCGCGGGCUGGGGGGAACGGUGACCGCGGCUCCCGCAUGCUGCCCCCCGGGCCCCCCGGGCGCACUGGAUCCGCCCCUGACUGUGGUGCCUGCGGUACUGCGAGGGGGCUCCAUGGCUCUGUCAGGACGACCUCAUGAGGAGUCACUAUGGUCCAGGCCUCCGGCGUACCGGCCGGUCUGGUAGUGCUCGUGUGCCUGCUCGCCUCCGCGGUCCUGGCAUCGUCGGAGUGUGACCGCACCUUCUCCAGCCGCCCGGGCGGGCCCAUGAAUGGCACCUUCACCGCGCCCGUGUUCUCCAACCCCGACCAGCACGCGCGCCAGUGCAUCUACGUGUUCCAGGCGCAGCCCCGCCAGCGCGUCGAGCUGGCCUUUAGCCUCUUCAACCUACGGGGCACGCCGCCAGAGUGCAUCCACGAGUACCUGGACGUGUACUCGGAGGUGCAGAGCCCCGACCCCCGCAACCUCAUCAACUCGGCGUUCGGCGGGCGAUACUGCGGGCCCAUCCCCCCGCGCAAGCGGGUCUCCUUCCACCGCACCAUCGCGCUGGGCUUCUACACCGACAAGGCCAACUCGACGGCGGAGCUGUUCCAGGGCCGCUACACCUUCAUCAACGACUCCGUGUUUGAGGUGGGCACGCCCACACCUCACGCGCCCUGCAGCUACACGGUGAGGGCCGGCACCUCUCGCAACGGGACCCUGGUCUCGCCCACCUACCCGGGCGCCUACCCCAAGGACCUCUUCUGCUCCUACACCUUCCUGGGGCUGGAGGGCCAGCGCGUGCGGCUCGAGUUCCGCGACUUUGACCUCUUCUACGGCGGCCCCCACUGCCCGUUUGACGUGGUGAAGGUGUACGACGGGCCCACCAACGAGUCGGCCGUGAUCGGGACGUACUGCGGCCAGCAGCGCAACCUCGUGCUGUACUCGAGCGAGACGUCGCUCUACGUCACGUUCAGCACGCUGCAGCGGGCGGCCAACACGCAGAACAGGGGCUUCAAGGGCAUGUACGAGUUCAGCGAGGGCUUCGUCAAGCUAGAUUUCAUUGCUACUAACGACGGCGAACACAUCAGGGGAUCUGAGUGCGAUCAAAAGAUACUCAGCAAAAAAGAGUCGUCUGGCUUUGUGUUCAGUCCCAAUUACCCGUUCCCGUACAUGCCCAAGAUCGUUUGCCGGUACUUCAUCUACGGGAUGCAAGACUCGCAGAACCUGGAAAGAGUUCGGCUUGACUUCAUGAUGUUUGAGAUCACCAACAAGAACGAGAGCUGCGCCGACGGCUACCUCAAGAUCUACCUCAAGGGCCAGGAGGCAAUGGACGCGUACGACAAGUUCGACCACGAGCUGUGCGGCGACGGCGAGAAGACCAACUUCACGGUGGGCACGGGGAGCAUCACGGUCCCGCUGGCGGCGGCCUCGCUCACCUCGGACGGGCCGCGCCUCGUCAUGGUGUUCAGCAGCGGCGAGAUGCAGGGCCGCGGCUUCAAGGCCAAGUACACCUUCGAGACGGAGUACCGCAUCCCGGGGACGGCCGCACCCGACGGCACCUGCACCUUCACGUACCGGAGCUCGGGCAAGAAGAAGGGCGACUUCAACUCGCCGCGGUACCCGUCCAACUACCCGGCCGCCACCAACUGCUCGUACCUGUUCCUGCCCACGCCCAACGAGCAGGUGACGGUCGUCUUCGACCACUUCAAGGUCCGCGCCGACUCGGGCAACUCCACGUCGGGCGCGUACGGCUCGGACAUCUGCCACGAGGACUGGCUGGAGAUGUACAACAUGUACCAGGACGGGUCCGAGACGCUCAUCGGCAGGUACUGCAGCACCACGGCCCCGGGCCCCAUCGACUCCAACCGGGGCGCCGUCGGGCUGCGCGUGUUCCUGCACUCCGACAACGAGGCCGUGUUCAGCGGUUUCAAGGCGCACUACUCGUUUGAGCCCGUUAAGCCGAUAUACGGCUCGUGCGGAGGCAACAUCAGCAAGCCGUUCGGGGUGAUCCAGAGUCCAAACUACCCGUCCAACUACGACGGCCCCAAGGACAGCAAUGCCAGCAAGGUGUGCAACUGGUACCUCAGCGUGCGGCCGAGGCACAAGAUCCUGCUCAACUUCGAGUCGUUCGCCGUGGAGGGCGAGCCGUCGGCGAGAGGCUGCCCCGCCGCCGUGGUCCGGCUGUGGCUCUCCCCGGACUCGAUGCCCACCGAGCUGUGCGGCGAGAAGAGCGCCACGGACAAGUGGCAGUACGUCUCGGAGGGGCCGCUCCUCAGAAUCAGCUUCGUGAUCGCGGACAAGAGCGUCGGUGCGCAAGGGUUCCGGGGCGUGUUCACGGAGAUCGCCGAGGCGGAGGCGUGCCAGCAGUUCACGUGCGAGCGCAGCGGCUACUGCAUCGCGGACAACCUCCGCUGCAACCAGGAGCGCAACUGCGGUGCGGACGACGACUCGGACGAGCUCAACUGCCUGGUGGAGGCGCCCGUCGUGGACACGGUGCUGGUGCUGGUGGGCUGCGCGACGGGCGCGCUGCUGCUCGUGGCCGCCUUCUGCGGCUGGUGCCACCACCGCAAGCGGCGCCGGCGCCGGCGCCAGAUGGCGCGCCUCCGACAGCGGCGCCACUUCCCGGACAGCGUCGCGGGCAUCGGCCACGGCGGCAGCCUGACGCGCAGCCUGCCCCGCAGCCUGCCCGGGUCGCGGCGGCAGCACUCCUGCGACGAGCUCGGCCACCGCUUCGCCUCCGUCGACAGCGUCUGACGGUUAAGUCCCCCCCUGCCUCCGCCGCCGCCGGCGCCGCCACCCCUGCCGCCCGGCCUGCGGUAGAUGUGCGUCCCCGCCUGGGCGCGCCCGGACCCCCGGUUCACGACCACCGCCCUGUAAGCAGGCGGCCCCAUGUAGGUCCGGGUCGCGACCAGUGCCUUUGACGCGGGGAACGAUCACACGGAGGAGGGGGAGGAGGAGGCUGGCCGUACAGGCGCGGCCUCAAGGUGCGGCCCUUUAGGCGUGGCCGCCAGGCGUUGCCUCCGGGCGUGGCCUCCAGGCGCGACCUACAGGCGUCGGCCUACAGGCACGACCUCCAGGCGCGGCCUCCAGGCGCUGCCUCCAAGGGGGACUCCCACAGGUGCGCCACUUGCCACGUGCGGCCCCGCCCCUGGUCAAAGGGGGGUGGGUCCUUUGAUGAACGAGCACCAAGUCUUCCGAGAAGCCUGUUGCCUAUAUCACUCACUUGCAUUGCUCAAUCGUUCUUGCGGCGUUGAAUGCCGACCAGGAAGGAAAAAAAUGUUAUAAUAUACAUUAUGUUAUAGAAGUGUUUUAUAGUUGAUAUUUUACCGCCCCUGGGGCGGCUAGUGCCAAGUUAUGGCAUGUGUAGUUCUAAAAUCUAUUGUAUUGUUUCAAUUGAUGUCAGUAUGAUAUACUAUCAACCUAAUUAUCCACGAGCAGUAGAAGGGUGCAAAGAACCGAGAACGAAACGACAACUAUUGUUGCUUCUUUCCAAGUUAAAGAGCGUUCAAAACACCCAGCCGAGUUUUAGAUUUCAUACUCAGAUUCAGUAGAUUUUCAUGGCGGCCAAUUCAGUACUGGACGAUGUUAUUUAAUGUCAAUGUGAAUGCAGUUUAAUGGAUGCGUUGUGAAGUUUGAGGCCAACCCCAUGGAAUUUCUCUUCUCUUUGUCUUUCUUUUUUUUCCUAAGCCAGUGAACCUGGACACUGCCCAAUGCCCUUCCCUGCCCCACCAUAGAAGCCUCCAGAAGCGUUUUAGACAAUAUUCUCAUUCGGGUCAACAGUCAACUAUUGUUUGAACUCUAAGUCUUCCGCGGGUUUUUGUUUCUUUGUUCCACUUGUUCAAAUAUGUUCGCACAAAGGCUUUUACCAUUAUUAUUGACUGAAACGCCGGUGGAUCGCAUUGAUAUUAUAAUAAUAUAUAUUAUAUAUUGAUAUAAUUAUAUAAGUGUUUAUGCAUUGUUGGUUUACUACUUAGAAAUCAAACAGAAUCUUUUUAUAUAGGAUGACGCCAAUACUGAAGUGUUUCAUGCCGAAGGGCGUGAUGGAGCAAAAGAUUAUACCAAACUAAUACAUUAUUUCAUUGUUAUCUUGUUUGCUUUGUUCGUGCGAAAAUAGAGACUAAAGGAGAACGCCAAAAAAUAAUAAAAAAAGGUCCACAACCUGGGCUCAGCGAAUCAAUGGAGGACGUUCAUUGUUUUCAGCCAAUCGUUGCCUUUUAUGCUAUUUUGAGUGGGAAUUAUUAUGUUUUUAGAGAAGGUAUGAGACAAAUGAAGGGCGUGGCCGGCAUGCAGCGCGACCCUUCUGCUUCCGGCCGGCACGGAGGACGGCUCGAGGCUAACUCAUGUCCUGAGUAGAUAAGUGCUAUUUUAUUACUUGUAUUGAACCGUUAUUUACUGCAAUGCCAAAACAUUGACAAUUGAAUUGAAUGGUCGCCCGACCCUAUGUAGCAUUGGAACUAUCGGAUGGUCCAAACUCUUAUUUAUUCUUGUGCCCGGUACGAAAUGAGUGUCGAAAUCGAAAUCGUGCCGAAAGUAAUAUCGAAUAACAUUUGAACGUUUCGAUGUCGGGACGAAUAACGGAAUCGUUUCGACAAUCAUUUCUCAGCGUGGUUAUCUUACCUAAACUGUCAGAGCGCGUAUGUAUUUCUGCUUCAAGUUAAACAUAACGAUUUAAACUUUGACUGCCAGACCUUCGAUGGCAAUAAAUGGCAAGUGAUCAGCACAAAGCAAUCAAUUAAAAUAUAAACCAUUUCUAAUCUAUGAUGCUCUAAAUUUUGAUCCUGAUUUUGCGUUAAAACGUAUUUUACCAAGUUGCUCAGGCAGCGCGAGUAUCCAGUGAGGACAUAAGAACAUCGAACUUCUUUUCGAUCAACAUUUAGUCCCUUCGACUUACGCCGAAAUUUUUCUACCUGACAUCGAAUGGGAUUUAUUAUUUUCAUGGAAUUCGGAAUCUGCCAUUGACACUUCCUAUAUUUUUUCUUUGAGUCUGUCUGGACUUUAUAUCGACAAUGUUAUGGGUUUAGGGAUCAUUGUAUUGUCUGAUCUAUGUCUCUUCUCCCACAAGCAUCUUUGCUUGUGUUUUUCGCCACCUGAAGCAAUUGAUCAUUAGUAAUAAUUUAAUAUAAAAUAUUUGAUAUUAUCUGUUCUAAUGUGUGUCUUUGUGCGCAAAUCAUUGAAUGUUGUGUUGUUUCCCUCCACCCUGCUGUGGAGGUUUUCAUUUUCCCCAUCUGCGUGAGCCCGUCAGCUGCUUUUGGUAUCUAGAAGUGUUGUGUAUUCUAUUUUUCCUCAUAAAUGUAAUAUUUUUUUUCUCCCGUUUUGAUUGUUUGGCGCCUCUUUUUUUCGCCAAAGUCGAUGGCUUGAACUAUACAAAAGUACAAAAGUACGAAGAACUACUAACUACAAAGUACAAAGGUACCGACGGGCGGCGCAAUACUAAUAAUUACUGUACUGAUGCUCACGCUGCGAUGAUGUAGUAAAGUAAGGACAAGAAAUGAUAUUACCUACCAAA